AUGUCCCGCUCCACCUGUGGGGCCAAAGGGCGGGUCGCGCGCCGCCAGCCCCUCGCCGGAGUGGUGGCGCCGCCGCAGACGAGAGGGGGCCUCGAGACGCAGUUUGGUAAUUUUGGGGAGGGGCUACAGCCGGAACAAAUGGAUAUGCCGGGAGGGGAAGACGAGUGGUCGGAAUUCCCUCCGGCGUACAUGCCAAGAGUUGUUAUGGUGAUGGUUAUGAGUCUCUUAAUUACUAUAGUAAUUAAGAGAUUGAGAGAUGUUGGUUGGGAAGAGCUGUAUUGCAAACUAGAGGAUGACAAUCUAGUAAAGCUGUUGUCGAAUUCUGGGAGGUCUACUGGCAUAUGCUUGGUGGUGUUAGAUGAUAUUAGCUACUUUGAAUCUUGUUUCUCUUCUUUUUCUUUUGUUUUAAUUCAAAAGUCGGAUGAUUUUGUUGUAGUGUCGGCCGAGAAGGCAUAAGGGAUAUGAAUAGAGGAACAAUCAUGUUUAAAUCCACCUCAUGUAUGGUAUGACAUGUUGGAUAUUACAAUUAAAAUUAAUAAAGCCACCUCAUGUGACACAUAAGAUUAUGGCAUGGCUUAUGGCGCCUAUAUGGGUGCCAUAGAUUUUCUG